AUGCUCCGCCGUCCUGCCACAACACUCACCAUUACGUCCGAAGACGUAGCCGCCUACGAAGACCGGCGCGCAAGAGAGGCUCUCGUCGCGGCGCAGCAGGCUCGAAGGGCUGCCGCGGUGGCUGCCGCUCAAGCUCAGGCACAGCAACAGCAGCAGGAGGCGGAUAUGGAGGGUGUGGAUCGCGUCUUGCAGGAGAGAGAGAGGGAGGGCGAGAUUAGGAGGGCGAGGGAUGAGAGAAUUGGUGUUGGCAGGAGGAGAUGA